GGCCUCGCGCGCGGAAUUCUUCCAGCCUCGUUGUUCAGCAAAGUCGCAUGUUUCGAUGCCAUUCUAAAGCACCAGCAGAACUUGAACCCGUUUCCUCCAUUCGCUUCCCUUCCAGUUGGCGUCUUGUUUCCUACUUGUUGCACCAUCCUCCACUACGUGUGUUUCUCCUGUCGAUCAGGAAAUUCCCCUGUCGAGCAAUUGACCCGGCCGAGAAACGUGACAGUGACCCGCCAUGCGUGUGUCUGGCAUCCCACUUCGAUAUAUAAAUCCGACCGCCCGGAUCGUUCCUACCUCUGUUUCACCAACAUCACGCCUGCUACCAUCGACUAAGACUAAUCUCCUGCAUAAACGCUCUCCCAAACCAACAACAAAACCAUCACCAAUUCACACCCGUCUCUACUCGUCCACCACAUCCAAAAUGGCUAACAUCUUCCUUGAUGCCGUCAAGUCCCGCCGCACUUACUAUGCGCUGAAGCACGAGUCGCCCGUGCCAGACUCCCGAAUCCACGAGAUUGUCAAAGAGGCCAUCCUGCACGUGCCCAGCUCCUUCAACUCGCAAUCCACCAGAGUUGUUGUGCUGUUGGGUGACGAGCACACCCACCUGUGGGAGGAAAUCGUCAAGCCAGCCGUCAAGGCGGUCGCCCCGGCCGAAGCUUGGCCUCAAUCCGAGCAGCGCCUGAACGGCUUCAAGGCCGGCUACGGCACCAUUCUGUUCUACGAAGACCCCAAGGACGUCUUGAAGCUGCAGGAGACUUACCCGCUGUAUGCCGACAAGUUCCCUCAAUGGAGCGAGCACACCAAUGCUAUGCACCAGUAUGUCUUGUGGACUGCUCUUGAGAAGGAAGGUUUCGGUGCCAACUUGCAGCACUACAACCCCUUGAUCGACGACAAGAUUGCGUCCAGAUGGAACGUUCCCGGACACUGGAGCCUCAAGGCUCAGCUUGUCUUUGGCACCCCUGCUGGGCAGCCUGGUGACAAGACAUUCAAGCCUGUUGAGGAGCGUGUGUUUGUUCACGGAGCCAAAUAGAUGCGAGUUCUGGACAAGACUUGAGCAGUCGAGUCGACGGCAGAUGACGCAGACGCAUUAGAACGACCAUCAAGACUUUUAGAUCAGCUUCAAUACAACGAGCAAGCGUUUACUUUUACUUCCG